AUGGGGUGUUCAGAAGGCAAAGAAAAAAAUAAUGCUGACGAUUUCACCCAAAUCAGAGAACAAUCAGACGAACUAUGCAAAGAAAUAGGUGAUGUUCUAUUUAAAAAUAAGCAAAUAAACGAGGUGAGCAAGCUUUCUCAAACAUUAAUCCUAAAAAUCAAAUCAUUAGCAGACAAAAAUAUAUACAGAAAAUGGCGACCGCGACCGACCCACCCUCUCAGUGGUGGUUAUCCAUGUAUAUUCGGCAUGGUUUUUUGGAGUCAGGAAUUGGCCCAGAAAUGUUUGGGACCUUAAAGCAAGAACUCUAAGCGCGAAGACUGCUGUUUUUGCGAACAAACCUUUGGGUGGUUACUCGUAGGCGAGUUAGACAUCAGGCCAAUGACGGGAGUCUCUCCAAAUAAGGCGCUCGAAAAGGAGCGGAUCUGGCGAUGGAAAGGGCAGUGUUGGCGUUGACUUGGCCAACGUAUCAAGUUGGAAAUGGAGACGGUCAGCUAAAUCAGUAUGAGCUGUUCCUUGACCUCAUCUCUACCGAGAAAUCGUGGGUUUUCGGUCCUGACUUAAUGAGGUUAUACUCUGCCACCCCCGCGGUAUAUAGUCCACGAAUUAUGGACUUUAAAUACAUAACAUAAUCUAAUCUAAUUAGCAGACGACAACAGAAAACUUAAAACUGAAAUUAAAAAUCAAAAAGACAAAUGUAAACAGCUAAAAGCGAAAAACUUGGAAUUAAAAUCAACUUCUGAUAGAUUGACUGGAGCUUCUACUCAAGCAAAGCAGCAAAUCACUACAAUGAUAAAUACGAUUCAUCUUGUUAAAACUCAGAGAGAUAAAAUAAGGAGCCAUAGAUUAAAUAAAAGAUAUGCUAAUAUUUUGAGAAAAUUAUCGUAUAAAUACGAUACUGUUGCACAAAAAUCAUUUUUAUUGUGGAAAAACUGUUUAAGAGAAGACAAAAAAGUACCACAAGAAAAUAUGCAUCAGCUUAAGAUCUUUUAA